UUUCAAUUCAACAAAUAUGAUGGUGUAGUUUGAAAUAAGAUAUUAUGACUUCUUGUGAUCAUAAAAGAGCGGAUUACUAUAGCUUCCAAUAAAGGAUUGUAAUCUAAUACGCACAGUUCAAUCUGGAAGAGAUACUUUUAAACAGGUCCUCGGAUAAUCUGAGGGAGUCAACAAUGCCGAAUACCAAAACUUCAGGUGUGCACAACGGGGGGAGUUCCGACAAUAAUGACUAUUACGUCGACAAGAAAGAAAGGCCUACUAGCGAGGUAUAUGAAAAUAAAGGAUUCGAAAAAAGCGAAGAGGAUAUCAAUGUUACGACAAUCUCAGAUGGAAAAGACACGCCAACAAAGGGUUCGAAUGGCCACCUCUUGAAUUCAUAUAGUGGAACAGAUGAAACCUCGUUUGUUAAUCAAAAUGGUUCGAAUGGCCAUCACUUGAAUUCAUAUAGUGGGACAGAUGAGACCUCAUCUGAUGAAAGAAACGGAUAUAGAGCCAUUAAAAAUGGCGACAUAGAAGCAUCCAAGAAUGAUGCUGCUGGUAAAGAACCGUAUGACAAUCUAGAUGAGCCAAAUCCCAACUGCUGUAUUGCAGCUAUUGGAAGAGCACAGGGGACGCUUGAUGCAUUUUACAAGACCCAUGGAACACUAAUAUGGCGUGUAAUUGGAGCCAUUCUACUUCUUGGCUACGCAGCAUACUUUGGAUAUGCCAUGUAUCAUCGAUUCGGAGAUGAAGGAUCAGUACGACUUCUUGCGAUGACAGGCUUUGCAGUAUUCUGUGUCGCAUAUUCAUUGAUCAAAACUCAUCUCGGUGACCACAUUUAUAAUGGAUGCAUCGAGCCUGUUGUUGGCUUCCUUGUCAAACAUUGGAAAUAUCUAAAGUGGGUCGGGGUCUUCCUCAUAGUUGGUGGAUUCACUGCGUAUAUCAUAGCAGAUAUUGCUAUAAAAUAUUCCACUAACCUAAUUUCGUUGAGCGGUAUGGUGGUCUUUAUACUUCUUCUGUUCAUAUUCUCGCACAAUCCCGCGAGAGUUAGAUGGAGGCCGGUAUUCUUUGGUCUGACUCUACAGAUGGUGUUCGCCCUUCUUAUCCUGAGAACGUCGGCUGGCUGUGAGACAUUCAAAUGGCUAGGCAGUCGUGUAUCUGAAUUCCUGGCGCACACAGAUGCCGGAUCCAGAUUUGUGUUUGGCGAUUCAUUUGAAGACCAUCGGUUUGCUUUUAAGAUCCUGCCAGUUGUCAUCUUCUUCAGUUGUUUCAUCUCUGUGUUGUACUAUUUGGGCGUUAUGCAACUGGUCAUAGGUAAGGUUGCCUGGGUGAUGCAAGCUACCAUGGGAACCACUGCCGCGGAGUCUGUCAAUGCUGCUGGGAACAUAUUUGUUGGUAUGACCGAAGCCCCAUUGUUGAUACGGCCGUUAAUCAAUGACAUGACAAAGUCCGAGCUACACGCUGUAAUGACGGGAGGGUUUGCAACAAUAGCAGGGAGUGUGCUUGCCUCGUUUAUUCUGUUCGGUGUUCCUGCCAAUCACCUCCUCUCUGCCUCUGUGAUGGCCGCCCCAGCAGCUCUGGCCACAUCUAAAUUGUUCUAUCCCGAGACCGAAGAGUCGAAGACUACAGCCACGAAUGUACAAGUAAUGGAGAAGAGUGAUCAUACAAACAUCAUAGAGGCGGCCUCAAGUGGAGCUUCUUCGGCCAUUUCUCUGGUGGCAAACAUCGGGGCCAAUCUCAUAGCUUUCCUUGCAAUGCUGGCCUUCAUUAAUGCAACUCUCACGUGGUUCGGCGCAAGAGUGGGGCUGGAGCCCCCAAACUACCCCGCUCUAACAUUUCAGUUCAUCAUGUCGUAUCUUCUGUGGCCAGCGGCUUUCCUAAUGGGCGUCCGUUGGCAGGACUGUCGCACUGUUGCCCAGUUAAUCGGAGUGAAAACCUUCCUGAACGAGUUCGUGGCCUACACCGACCUUGGUGUGAUUAUCAAUAAUAGACGUGCCCUGCAGAACUAUACAAUGAUAUAUAAUGAGACUGGAAUAGAACAAAGAAGCAACGGAGAUAUAUUUCUAGGGAAUACAAACACGACGUUGGUUGGUGGAGUGAUUGAGGAGCGUUCUGAAGUAAUCUCAACAUAUGCUUUAUGUGGGUUUGCUAAUAUUGGCGCUAUUGGUAUAAUGUUAGGAGGACUAGGCUCAAUGGCGCCGAACCGAAAAGGGGAGCUCUCCAAGAUGGCGGUCAGGGCGAUGAUCGCUGGGAUGACUGCUAACUUUCUCACGGCCAGCAUAGCAGGGCUUUUGUAUCAAGGUAGCGUAUCAAAGUGCUAAAGAGACACGGAGCUCCAACACACGUGUACAUAGAAGAAUACAUACUAGACUAUGUAUUACUAUAAGUAGCUCAGCAGACAGGAUGAUGGCGAAUUCAACUCAUCAUUGAUUUGAGACAUAAUCAUAAAAACGCUGGUUUCAUAAAUUGGAUAUCUCAUCCAAACGAAACUAAAUAUAAAACAUGAUAUAGACAUGGAAUGGCUUAAGGAAUGGCUUAAGGAAUGAUACAUUAUGAUGUUCAUAAAAUGAAAGCAACUAUAAAACGCAGCAGUGUAUUUGAUGUGACAGAGCAAGCUGGAUAUAUCUGAAUAUUCCUGGAGCUCCUCAAACUGUGAUUAUAUACUUAUGGAGCAAGCAUUUGAUUGAUGGACCAGCGCAAUCAAAGGGCCCGAUGAGAUAUACUAUAAUAAACAAUGAUUGGUACUUAGGUAACCAUGUCCGGGCUACCGAACGAAUCGUCGUGAUGAACAAAAAUGAUCGAUUGAAACUGCAUAUGAUGAUCAUAAUAAAUGUAAAUAUUAAUAUCAUGACCAUACGCUUAUGAACUUUGUUCAUCUUGAACUGAAAUUUUGCUGAAAAUAUGAAUUGUGGAAUUGUGAAAUGGGGAGUUUAUGGUCAAAUAAGAAAUACUCGGAUUUUAUAAAUUCAGAUAGUUUCAGCAUAAAACAAAGCCAAAAUCGUUUGUUUGUAUAAUUAUUAAAAGAUAGAAUAAACAACACAUUUUUCUUAA